GGCGAAUACUGUUGCACGCGAGCCACGAAAACAGUGAGGCCGCUUCGAGAGUGUUGAGCGCCUCCGAGCCGGACGUUGUAGGACUUGACUGGUGCAAAAGUUGGCUCAAGGAAGAUUCUGAUUUUCGGACCGUUUUCGGCGAUACAGCUUUGCGGAAAUGAGACGUCUAUCGUGGCUGAUCCCCAGUGCAGCUUCCAGCUGUGUCCUGGCGCUGCUCUUCUUCUUCUUUGUGAUCCAGACAUCGAGCUGUGAAGAACAAUCCGCACUGCAAGACGCCCUCGUUGAAAAACGUGCACCCCUCUACAGCUUCGGGCUGGGAAAACGGGACGAUGAAAUGGUUCAAGACGAUGUCUCCGACUACGAUUCCGUGGAGAAACGGGACCGAGGCCGCUACAACUUCGGCCUUGGCAAACGAGACAACCGGGAACGUACCUUAUACUCGUUCGGUCUCGGCAAGCGGGACCGCCAUCGUUUCAACUUCGGAAUCGGCAAGCGAGCGUUCGACUUUGAAGACUUCAUGAAACGGCGCUAUAACUUUGGGCUUGGCAAACGAAGCGUUCCUUUCGACAACGUCCGCAGGCGGCGCAGCAGUGAUUACCAGUAGGACGACGACUAUCGGUCGGGGCUUAAAACACGUUGUUUUCAAAAUCAGUUCUGCCUAUCUGUUGCGUUCUUUCUCGACGUUUGGAUUGACGGAUGAAGCGUUCAGCCUCGUGGCUUACUGCUAAGCCCACAGUUAUAUAGGCCUAGCGGUGAAGCGUCGGCACGACGAGAACGAGUGUCGAUUCUCCAGAUAUUUUCUUUCUAAAGCUUUUUCUUUUCUUUUUCUAAUACCUAUGUACUUGGCUUUGACCGGGGAAGAACUCUUUGUUCAUAUGUCAAUUCAACUGUAAAUAUGGAAGAAUGUUUAUUGUUGUAGAUUAGAACAUUAGUGUCGUAUACAGGAAUCUGUUUUCACCUAUAUUUUCUCUUUUCAACUACAGAAAUGGUGAAAAUAAAAUGUUUUGAAACGCACCAAGUGUACAGGAAGUGAACGGUGAAUAAAAUGAAUACUGAAGAUAAUAUUGA